CUGAUCAGAUCCAUACAAAACCACAAGCAUCUCUCAAAAAAGCUUCGAAAUCUCCGCAUCUCACUCACUCACUCACUCCAGCUCCAGCGGCUCAAAGAUGACAACUUUUGCUCUGCUUUCAUCUGUCGCGCCCCAUAAAGCUCAACUCAUCGGAUGCAGCAGCAGCAGCCACAGCGGUUUUGCUAGUGCUGCAACCCCAAAGUUCGCGUCUUUUCCGAGCAACAACAACAACAACAACAACAGGAGAAGAUCCUUGACGGUUGUUGCAGCCGUCGGCGAUGUCUCGCCUGACGGCACAGUCUACCUGCUCGUUGGCGCCGCCACUAUCGCCCUGCUAGGAACUGCCUUACCUGCAUUCUUCACCCGCAAAGACACGUGCCCGGAGUGCGAUGGAGCAGGUUUCAUUCGGAAGUCGGCGGGGACCUUGAGGGCAAAUGCUGCGAGGAAGGACUUGCCCCAGAUUGUUUGCCCCAACUGCAAUGGGCUCGGCAAGCUCAACCAAAUCGACAAAUAACCAAACUCCAUUGACUAAGAUUCUUGUAUAAGCUUCUCCUACUUCUUUCCUCCUCUCUGCCUACCAGUCAUUUUGUAUGAUUUCUGCAGACUAUUGUGUACAUUCAGAGCAAUUUCAGCUGCUUGUGUUGAAUUAGAAUGAAUAUAUAUGGAUUUU